CGAACGAGCAAUUCCCACGUUUCUCUCUUCACCUGCACUCAUGCCUUGUAGUAUACCUUUAAAUGUGUUAAUGUGAUUCUGCUGCUAUACAUACGGUACCCUUUUCCUAUAAUUUUGUUCAGUUUCCUUCCUUGGGAUGGCAGCUGAGACUUCCCAGCCGCCGACGCUGGAGCCCGUUGCGAAACCACUUUCUUUGAUACCCGUCACAAUAAAAGAGGCUGCCCUCGAUUCGCCCACGUUUCGCGCGACCGCUGUCCACCUCGGUGAUCAAAUCGACCUGAUCGAACGAUGGCUGGACUCGCACGUUCGAGCUGUCUCGAAACUCGCGAACGAAAUGCAUGCGCUGCAAUCCCUCGUAGAUAGUUACGUCCAAACAUCGCAUCCACCGUUGCAGCUGUCCGAGGCUGUCCUCGACCAUGAUUACACAGUUUUGGCUUUGAAAAGGUUUGGGGAAGGUGCACGGGAAUUCUGGAAUAACACUUUGCGUGGUAUGAAACGAGCAGAGACGACUGUUUGUGAUCCGAUACGGGCUUUUCUUCAGAACGAUCUACGUAUGUUGAAAGACGCGCGCAAGAAUUUGGAGAACAGUCAGCGCACUUUCGAUGGCGCAAUAGCGCGAUAUGCUGGCCAAGCAAAGACCAAAGAACCAUCUUCGCUCAGAGAAGACGCCUUCCAAUUGCAUGAAGCACGGCGAGCGUAUUUGAAAGCAAGCAUGGACUUUUGCGUCAUGGCACCGCAGGUCAGGAGUACACUGGACAGAAUCCUCGUCAAAGUUAUCAACGAACAGUGGCGUGAAAUGAAAACAGCUCGUGACAACUCGAACAAAAGUUUUGGUAUGUGGAGCGCAGAUAUUGAUCGUGUCCGUGGUUGGAGUAAAGAGAUGGAGAACGGCGAGCGUGUUUUUAAAAGAGAACUACAUCUAGCCAGACAGCAGAUUGAAACAAACGCCGAGGUGGCAGCGCGCCCUUCUCGAGACUUGGACGACUAUGCGGCGUCCACAGUUCCAUACCUCGGUACCCAAGCUCCUUCAACCGCAAAUAUCUCUACGGCGUCGAAAUCGGACUCUUCGCAAGAAAAGGCGGAGAAACAGGGUUGGCUUUUCCAGCGCACAAUAACAGGCAAACCUGCCCGGACUUAUUGGGUAAGGAGAUGGUUCUUCGUAAAAAACGGAAUAUUUGGCUGGUUGACCCAAGGUACACGCUCAGGCGCUGUCGAAGAAUCUGAAAAGAUUGGCGUACUCCUUUGCGGGAUCCGACCUGCAUUCCAGGAAGAACGACGGUUUUGUUUUGAGGUGAAGACCAAGGAUACCACUGUGCUUUUGCAGGCCGAAACACAGCAUGAUCUCACUGAAUGGAUUUCCGCGUUUGAGGUUGCUAAGCGGAAAGCUCUGGAAGACUCAUCUAAGGAUGGAGCUAUGUCGUCGGGCUCUGUUGAUGCUGCAUUCUCGAUCAGUCCACCUGUCGCCCCCGAGUUCGCUGCGAAGACUUCCGAGGGCCAUGCAGCACACCCUAGCGACGAUAUAAGCGGACUUGAUAGAGCAGAAACACUGGCAUUGCCUGGCGCUGAAGGUUUAGCAUCGCGCGGGAGUUUUGACGUUACACGCUCAAAGACCGGACUCGAACGUGAGGGCGAAGGUAGUCGUCGCGACCAUGCUGCUCGUAUCAUGGAGAAACUUGACCUUACUCGAAAAUCAACUCUGGGGCCUCAAUUAAGCUCGAGCAACCCCUCCUCUGCUACCGGCGGUAUCGCCAGUCUGAUUUCAGCAAGUCUAGCUUCGGCCAGUCAUAAUAUCGUUCAAGUAGGGCAGAUAACAGCACCUGCCCCUGGAUUGCCCGAUACCCGCUUGGUGAUGGGCCAGACCCUACCCACAAGCAGCCUUGCGCCAUCCACUCUUGCCAAUCCUCCUGCACCGACAAAUCUGAGUAAAGCAGCUGUUGCCGUAAGCGGCGAGCGAGGGAUUAGUCUGGGGCGAGCGGGCAAUAUGCCUGGUGGGUUGAUGGCCAAUUUAUGGGGGUCUGUCAACUGGGGAUAUAUUAAUCGCCUUGAACGUGGAGAGGUUCACCCAAUCCGCAAUGAACAAAGUGCUUCAGGACCGCCGAGUCCGGUCAACUCUCCCCCCGCUCUAGAGCCAUUGGACAAGACUGGUGAUGGCUCUUCUGGGGAUCCAUCUUCAGCAAGUAUAACUCCUGCGCCUGGCUCCUCCCAUCGGAAGACCAUGAGCAUGGGCGGACCAGCGCCGUCGCCCUCUCUAAGGCCCACAGUCGUCACCGAUGACUUUCCAAAUUAUUAUCCGCUCGCUCUACGUAUGCAAGAUGCCCAAUUCCGUACACUUUUCCCUGGUGCGCCCCGGGAGGACAAGGUUAUACUAGUGUUCCGUGCGGUUUGGAAUCCUACAGACCAGCAAGAAUUUCCGGGUCGCGUCUACGUCACUCCAAGGGACAUAUACUUCUACAGUAACCACUUGGGCCUCGUUCUCAUUACGGGUAUCACCAUGGGAUCCAUUGAGGAGGUUACUGCUGCGCCAGGGAAAGAUUGUGACUUCCUUUUCAUCCAUUUCAAGCCUGGCGCAAGAGAGGAUGGUGCAACAAGGAUUACCGUGAAAACCUUUCUCGAGCCACUGAAACUUCUCUUACUUCGAUUGAAUUUUCUUGUUCGCAACGCCAGUACAGGGGAGAAUAGUUUGGAGGAAGUGGUAAAGAGAUUGAUCAAGCUCGAGGUCGCAGAUCAAGACCAUUCACCGAGUGCCGAGAGUUGGGAAGAUAUAUCCAUACAUACACCUAUGGAUUCUGGCUAUGGUGGAAAGGACAUCAAGACUAGCCUCAGGAUCGACGGCAAUCUCUUUGGUCCAUCAGGGACCGCCGCCAGAAAUACGACCAAGUUCAAGCUUCCGUCUCAGCCCGUCAAUUUCACUCCACGAGGUAUGACACAAAUUGCCAUCGAGAAAGAAUUCGAGAUUAGCGCGAAGGGCUUGUUUCACAUUCUUUUUGGAGAUAAAAGUGCUGUUUUCCAGAUGUUGUAUCGGGAACGCUGGGCACAGCGGGUCGUCCAAGGCCCAUGGACCGCGAACGACCAAGGACUACAACGUCGCGAUUUCGAGUACGAAAUUGAGCAACCCGGAAAUCAGGGUGCGGUUGUCAUAAAUGAUUACCAAAUCAUUGAAGUCCUGAAUGACCACCUUUGCUAUGUUGUUGCGGACCGAAAGACACCUUGGUACCUCCCUGGAGCGGAUCGGUUCGUCCUUAUGAACAAGAUCAUCAUCACCCAUGUUUCAAAAGCGAAAUGCAAGUUGGCAAUAUAUGUGAAGGUCGACUGGGCUCGAAAUCCCCGCUUCGCAAAGAAACUGAUUGAACGACAAGGUCUGCAGGAUCUUGAGCUUGAAGCAGAAGAUCUUGUCGAUGUAGUGAAUGACCAGAUCGCCAAGUUAGGGCACAACAGGAACACAAAUAAAGUCACGAAUAUCUUUGGGCAGAUCGGAGUAGUCAACCAGGCAUCCCAAAUUGCUGCGCAGGACAUACCUCCACCUAACCGCCCUAGAAAAUUCAAGCUACAGCCUCAAACGACGGGGUCCGUCAUAGCUCAACUGAUUGGAAAUGUCAUCAUUAGCAUAUUGUCGACUGUAAUGAGCUGGAUAUUAGCCGCGUUUACCUCCCUUGGUAAUCUGCUGUCCGCUCAUAAGAUUCUGGUUGCCUUGCUGGUUAUCAGUGGCGCAACGAAUUUCAUGUACAGCAGUCGCGAUACUUGGCUAUGGUGGGAGGAGCGUAAUGCAGCGAAAUUUAUGGAAAGACUCGGUGUUGGACCGAGCCAUUCGAUGACUCGCGCGGUCUCUUUGCGGGACUUGGAGGAUACUUUCGUAAAGAGCAACGAGACGACAAUUGUUCCGGGUUCCAAGCUCCGGCUGAACCAGGACAACAAGUGUCACCAGAUAUUUUCAUCUCUCAUCGCCAACCCAAAAGUACCUCUUCCUGCUUCACCUUUGUCCUCUCUAUCGACAUCCCACGCACAGAGUCGUCUGCACCGCACGCGCCAGAAUUUGGGGUCUCAUCGACAUGAUCUUUUGGUGGCCCUACGCGUCGUCAACCGCAUCGAAAAGGAGGUCAUUGCGGCAGAAUAUGAAAGCUGGCUGAAGGACGAGACUGCAAAAUGUGGACAGGUCGGGGCCUUCUUGGAGGGAAAAGGUAGGAAGGGCCAGAAGGAUGUUCAAGAAUGGGUCAAUACGUAUUGUGGAGAUUGUCAAACGGCACUCGAGGCAGUAGAACUGGCGGGAAGCGCGUUGAUUUAAUAUCUCCCGACUUACAUAAACGUGAUGGACGAGCCAAAUCGGAGGAGCCACCCGUAUCCAUUUUGUACUUCUAGCUGACAUACCAGAGAACCAAUUCAUGCCAUAACUUACGCCAAUAGGGUGUUCUUUCUUGAGAUGAUAGUUGCAUCGAAUAUGUAACAGCCAAUGAACAAUAAUC